UCAGACUGUCUCUGUGUGUUUCCAGGAUGGUGGUCUCCUCAUCAACAACCCCACAGCGUUGGCCAUCCAUGAGUGUAAGCUGCUGUGGCCCAACACCCCAGUGCAGUGUGUGGUCUCCCUGGGUACGGGUCGCUAUGAGACCGUCAACAAGAACAACACCACCUCCACCAGUCUCAAAGCCAAGAUCACCAACGUCAUCAGCAGUGCCACCGACACAGAGGAGGUCCACAUCAUGCUGGACGCCCUCCUUCCACCCAACACCUACUUCCGUUUCAACCCCUACAUGAGCGAGGACAUCCCAUUGGACGAGAGCCGCCCGGAGAGGCUGACCUUCCUGCAGGAGGAAGGAACUCGCUACCUGGAGAGGAACGAAGCCAAGCUGAACAAGGCAGCGUCGGUGCUGGCUCUGGAGAAGAGCGCCAUCCAGAGGCUGGCUGAAUGGUGCAAACUGAAGGCCGACAUGUACGAGGGCUUGCCCUUCAUCUCCAAACUGUAGGGGACGUCUAGAGGUGAAAGGUCAGACAGGCUGAGACUAAUUUAGACUGAUUAUGAAGAUAAUAUAGGAGCUGUAAAGGUCUGACAUGUACGAGGGCCCUUCAUCUCCAAACUGUAGGAAGUGACCUGCAGAGGUUAAAGUUCAAAAGGCACUGCAGGCGGUAACUGCUGAGAAACUAAUUUAGACUUGAAAAUAAACAUGUGCUUUGAUAUGACUCCAUCAGUGGAGGCUGGUGGGAGGAGCUAUAGGAGGAAAGACUCAUUGUAAUGGUUGGAAUGGAAUAAAUGGAACCGAGUUAAACGUGGCUUCCAUAUGUUUGAUACCGUUCCAUUUUGUCAUUCCAGCCAUUACAAUGAGCCUGUCCUCCUAUAGCUUCUCCCACCAGCCUCCUCUGGACUCCAUAUCUGCUUGAUGUAGAUCAUGUGAUAUGACUGCGGUCCAUUAGAAUUUCUGCUGCUCAGGCAGGAUGUUGUUUGACCUGUGAGAGGUGGUACAGAAGGAUCUGUUGUUUUCUCUGAAAGGGGUUUGGCUGGUAGGGCUGAAGGAAUCAACCUUUUGACUGGUCCUAAAUAAAGCACCACUGUGAUGAGAGCACAUAGGCCGUGUUUACACAGGCAGCCCAAUUCUAAUAUUUUUCCCCCCUAAAAAUCAGAUCUUUUGCCAAUAAUUGGGCUAAAUAUCUGAAUUUGGCUGCCUGUGUAAACAGCCAUAAUGGUGUGAAUGGUAGACAGGCAUAGCCAUUUACUGUUUUGAUUUAAGAGUGCAGGUUUUGCAGGGAAGGUGUUUUUGACAACUACCGACAUGUACUGGUAUGUCAGAUAUUCAGGGUCUGUUAUUAGCAACUCAUUCCAUUGUAAUUACUGUAAAUACGGAUGUUGUAAGUAACUGACAUUGGUGUCACCUCAUUUAAAUGCUUCAAACUUGAACUAGGCAUGUAAAGUAGAAUGGUAUAAAACAUGUAAUUAUGCCUUUUUUCACAGAUGAAUGAAAUCAUGCACUUUGUAAAUUGUCACAUUGUUCUUAAGAGCUCUGUAAGGGAUCAGAUGUAAAUGGUUUGAUAUGUGAUUUUGAAUCAUAUUUAAUUGCAGAGUUCAUGGUAUUAGCUUUAUAAUGAGCUUGUACCACCUUUCUCCUGCAGCGGCCCUGUAGGUGUGUAAGAAUGAAAAUGUGUCAUUGAAACCGG